CUUUGUGAGAAUUACAUGAAUCUUUUUCUUCCUGCAGACCCCUUUGCUGAUGCAACAAAGGGUGACGACUUACUCCCGGCGGGGACUGAGGAUUACAUUCAUAUAAGGAUCCAGCAACGAAACGGAAGAAAGACGCUAACAACUGUUCAGGGAAUUGCAGAUGAUUAUGACAAGAAGAAACUUGUGAAAGCUUUCAAAAAGAAAUUUGCUUGUAAUGGUACUGUGAUUGAACAUCCUGAAUACGGUGAAGUUAUCCAGCUUCAAGGUGACCAGAGGAAGAACAUUUGCCAAUUCCUCUUGGAGAUUGGCAUUGUCAAGGAAGAACAACUGAAAGUUCAUGGUUUCUAAAAUACCUGUGCUCUCAUGAAGAACCCUGCAGUAUUUGAUCUUACCUAGCCUGACUCUUCUGUGAAAAAUGAAUCUUUGCAGUGAAUGGACUUCCCUGUUACCUGAACAUUUAAAAUUUGAUUCAGAUUUGCAUGACUGCGUGAAACGUGUGGUGUGUAGACUAGAAACACAUAAGAAAACUUCAGUAAGGUGGUAAUGAAGACACUUGUGAACUUUAACACAUUUCCAAUGGAAAUGUUUUAGCAAUGAUUGUUCAGUUUACUGUUCUCCACCUGACUUGAAUGUGUGGGUUGUAUCAAAAUAGUGUGUGUUGCUGCUUAGAAAUAAAAGUUUAUUCGUAUAUUUUCUGGGAUAUCUGAAAUGCUUUAGCUUAAGUUUUAAACUAGCACAGCAGCCUUACUGAAGAAUGGCUAAAAUGUUUUGUGGCAUGUGUAGCUCACUGCUCAUUGAAUAAAUUGGAAAAUCUACAUGA